GUUUAGUUGCACUUGUGAGGGAUUCGUACCCACUGCAGCUAGCUAAAGUUUAAUUGAAUUUAAAAUUUUACUGAGCGACACAUGACUGCAGUAAAUCGAUAAUAAAAAAUACUUCCAACAUGCUCGAGUGGGCCUACGACGGUGUAAAUAGCUCGAUCCCACGAAACGUUGGACCAGAAUGUGCCGAGUACUUAUCACUCAGAUACCGACUAAUAGAAACCUUUGGAGUGUCAAUGUUAAUUUUCUAUUUAGUAUCAAAAGGCCUGAAAAGUGUGAGUCUGCCUAAAAAUGUUAAGUAUGUUAAUCAGGACAGGACGGGAAAGAAAGUGCUGCUAAUAUUCAUGUCAAUGAUUCUUGGCUGUGAGCUUGGUUUCAAAAUAACGAGUCGUACUCUUGUUUAUAUUUUAAAUCCUUGUCAUAUCACGACUGUCAUUCAGUUGUAUUUGCUGGCUGCUAAACCGAGUCCGAUGGUCACUGCGCUUUUUAGAAUUCAAUUAAAUCUGAUGAAUGGACCGGUACUUGCUUAUGUAUUUCCUGAAACUGAAUCGCGUAAGCUUUUUGCUGACAAGUCAAUGUACUAUUUACAACACGGCCUAAUGGUAGUAAUUCCGUAUUAUCUGAUGCGAAUUGGGGGUGUGUAUAGUAUUGAACCAUUAUCAGAUUUUAGUUGGAGUAUUCUUGCUUAUGGAUUUAAUCUCGCUUAUCACUGGUGGAUCUUGCAACUUGCUGCUUUGCGGGUGCAAGUUAAUCUGAGCCACAUCUUGUGUCCCGCGAUAUUGGAUCCAUUUGAAGGCAGAUUUUACCGUCUGUUUGCUGUCGUCCAUGAAGGAUUACUGUGUCCAUUGCUUGCUAAACUGCUUUGCAUUAUAUUCAAUUAUUUUCUCACGGUAUUUCCACCGACAAAAGUAAAGUCUUGUAUCAAUCAGACGAUCGAACACAAGUUUCCGCAAGAAGAGUGCGGUGAAGAAGACUCAAAAUCCAGUGAAAAACCAAAAAAUGGAGAUUUACAUGUUGACUAGUUGACUAUUUACUAAGUUCACGAUCUCAUAUAUUUUUAUUAAUUGAUUGUUUAUAUACAAGUAUAUAAAUAUUAAUAUAAGAUUGUCAAUGUAUGAAAAACUUCUGUGAUCACAUGAUUAGCCUACCAAAGUAAGCAAGAACUAAACAAUUAAUCGUCAUAAAAAAUAAUUUAUGACGAGCUAAUUAUUUUUGUUAAUAGUAUAUUUAAAAAUAAGAGCGAUAAUUACGAUGAUUGGUAACAAUUAAAUCAGUAAAAAUAUAUAGCUAUUUUUAAAUAACGUCUCAUAGUUGCGAUAAUAGAGUAAGUAGAUGAUGAAUGACAAAUAAAUAAAAACGAUUGGAUGUUUUUACGCAGUAUAUUUGAUAAAAUCGUGUGACAAGUUACAAGUUUGUAAUUUAAUAUAAUAUAAAUUUAUUUUUGAUUGGGUAAAAAUGGCUUUGGAAUAUUUUUUUAAAUUCCAAAUCACUACGCAUACUUGCGCUUACUGUUAAUUGUUAAUUAUUAAAUAAUUAUAUUAUUUUUUGUCUUUUAUCAUACGCUAGCGUAAAAAUAUUAUUAUUUUAACAAAAUUAUUUACAAUCUAAUUGCACGUGUACAAACAAAAAUUCACUCGGUAAAGAUAAAUUAUCAUAAUGAAAUGGCAUUUAAAUAAAAAUUAAUUUAUUUAAUUAUCUGUAAUUGUCAUUUUAUUUAAAUCCUAAAAUGUCUUCUUUGUUUUUUGGUUUCGUUUUCGUUUUUAUUUAUAGUUUUUUUUUUUUUU